AUGGACAUUUUGCCCGGCGAACUUUUAAGACAAAUAGUCAGUUUAUGUGACUUUGGAUCGAUAAUCCGGCUUAGACAGAUUAGCCGCCGGCUUCAAUAUUGCGCUAAUGAGGUCCUAUUUGAACAAGGAAAAGCUUCGAUUGGAAAUGAACUGCUCAAGGACCAUGAAUCCGGGUGUUUUGUUGGGCGUGAAAAGUUGCGCAUGGGCAAAAUGACGUCUUUUUUGCGGGCUUAUAUGCACAAUUUACAAGUUUUGCGACUAGCUGAUGCUGAUUGUACAUUAACAUUAACAAACGUUUGUCAGUUAUCACAAGCGGUUCCCAACCUUGCCUGCCUGGAGAUCAUCAUCUCAGGGCAGUUGGCCUUGGAGCCGGAUGCGUUGAGAGGGUUGGCAAUGUUCAGAAAUCUGAAAGAAUUACGGAUAAGCGACUGGAGCCCAAGAAUGGUUAUUAGGAAAGGCGGCUGUUAUCGACAAGAAUCUCUCCCGCCGAUGCCCAAAUUGGAAACGUUAAUUUUGGAGAGCUCCCGUGACAGCGUCACAAAGAUUCUCACCCAAAUGAGGGCUGAAGGGAUAUGCUUGCCCGAAUUACGGAACAUUGAGCCUGACCAGCAGGUGGUUAGUUGGGGCACG